AUGAACCUGUACACAUUCGAAAUGGGAAUGACCUGCGAUGGAUGCGCUAAUGCUGCACGUCGUGUUCUUACGAAACUUGGCGACAAAGUCACAAUCGAUAAAAUCGAUGUGGCAACUAAGCAAGUGGUAGUUACUACCGACCUCCCAGCCAAUGAUAUACUGGAGACACUAAAGAAGACCGGAAAGGAAAUCAAGCAGUUGUAG